GGAUUCCACACCCCUUACCUACUUUCGAAGUAGGUAUAUAUAUACCGGAGCCAUGAAGAAACAAAUCAGUUCAUAUCGAUUGAACGUAAUCAAACAUGGCUUUCAAGUUUGUAGUCCUCGCUGCCUUCGUGGCUGUUGCCCACGCUGGAUACAUUGCCCAGCCAGCUUUGUCAUACGCUGCUGCUCCUUUGGCUUACACUACAAAGGUGGCUACCCCAAUUGCUUACGCUCCAGUGGCCAAGACUGUUGUUGCUGAGCCCUCAGCACCAGCCCACUACGAUUACGGAUACACCGUCAGCGACCCCCACACCGGAGACAAUGGUCAUUUGCAGGUUGUUGCCCCAGUUGUAACCAAAGUGGCUUCCCCUGUCACUUAUGCUGCUGCUCCAGCUGCAUACGCCGCUCCGGCUUACAGCUAUGCUUCCCCAGCUGCCGUUACCUACGCUGCCCCCGCUCCAGUUGUAGCCAAAUACGCAGCUGCCCCAGCCUACACCUACGCUGCUCCCUCUCCAGUUGUGACCAAAUACCUGUCUGCCCCAGCUUCUAUUUCUUAUGCUGCUCCAGUACCAGUUGUAGCUAAAUACGCUGCUGCCCCAGCUUACACCUUCGCAGCUUCUUCUUACCAUCACUGAGAAAACUAAGUUAUCCCAGUGUAUGAAAGUAGCAAAAUUUAUUUAUUACGAAAGUCUGAAUAAAACAACGAUUUACGAUUA